CCAUGGUCUAUGGAUACAAGAUGGCAGGGUGGUGCGAGGUAGUACAAAGCCUACUUUUAUCCAGGGUUUUGUCAUACGUAUGCUAAACUCCACCUGACACCGCACUAACUCAUCAUGGCUGAGGGAGAACAUUCUCCUCACAUUGUCGACGUUCAGGAAUAUUUCGACGAUGUGAUAGCAGAGGCCAGUCACAAUUGGGACAACCUGGCCCGGAAGCUGGGAUUCAGCGAGAACGAGAUAAAAGUACUUCGAACCGAUGGGCCUGACCAGGACCGCAGGUGCAGGGAAAUGCUGCACAAGUGGAGAAACAGGAAGGGGAUGGAAGCUACUCUACAGGUUCUGCAGCAGGCGCUCGUCGAUAUUAAAGAAAGGCUGACUGCUGAGAAAUUAGAAGGCAAGACAAGCACACAUAAAAAGAAGAGAAAAAGAAAAGCAAAGAAGGCCAACGAAGUAGAUUCAUCAGAGGACUCAAAUGUGUCUUCAAUGGAGAAUGGUCUUUAUGCGGGUUUUGAGGUUGGCUAA